AUGCAGAGAAAUCCGAUGGCGCGCUCAGCCCGCGGGAAGAACCCGCCGAAAGAAAAGACCAAAAAGAAGGUGACGGAGGCGACGAGUUCGACUCCCGCGGCCGAGAAAACACCCACGCCGCCACCAGAAGAAAAUCCCACUCCGCCAGAAGUUCCACCGCAGCCCAUACCGACCGAAGUGCAACCACAGCCAGACAUCGGACAAGACAACCCCGCCGAGGCGAAAUCCGACGAAGCAGAACCGGAUCCCGAGGAAAUCAUACAAGAAUUCAUGAGGAAGUACGGAAAGGGGCCGAAGGCGAGCAAAUUCUUUGCCCAGAUGUCGGAGGCAUGCCGGAAACAAGAAGAGGUAAUUCCUGCCCUAACCCCACUUACAAUUCCACCAAGGCCCAAAACCUUAAUCGAAACACCCACUGCACAAGCCUUACCCACACACCCCCCCAAAUUUUACCCGAAACCCUAA